UCAAUCAAUCAUGCAACUCCAACGAGAUGCUCAAGAUCGCGAGGUCGUUCCCGUCAUCAUCAACAAUGUUGAGCAGCCAUUCGAUGUCGAUCGUGUUCUUCCCGUCAAGAACAGUGUUUCUGGAGAAACUGUCCACUACUAUGCCAGCGCGGAUACAGAAACAUGUGGUCGCGCAUGUGACGCAGCCUGGACCGCUUUCCAGACCUGGAGAGAUGCAACAAUAGCAGAGCGUCGAGGACUAUUAUUGAGAGUUGCGAAUCUCUACAAAGAACGCCUGGAUGAGCUUGUGCAAGCUCAGAUGAAGGAAACCGCUUGCACUGAAGCAUGGGCGAAGUUCAAUGUACUUGCCGCCACCAACUACAUCAAUGAAUCUGCGGCAUGUGUUAGCAGUGUAAAAGGAACUAUCCCUCCUACCGAUAAGCCAGACACCAUGACUUUUGUUUUCAAAGAGGCUAUUGGACCUAUUCUUGUCAUCCCGCCAUGGAAUGCUGCUAUCGUCUUGUCGACUAGGGCUAUCAGCUCUGCAAUCGUCACUGGAUGCACGGUAGUGCUCAAAUGCUCCGAGAUGUCUCCCCUCACACAUACAAUCCUCGUCGACAUCUUUCGAGCAGCUGGCUGNCCCCCUGGUGUCCUCAAUAGCCUUCAAGCUUCACGUCAAGACGCGGCAACCGUUACAGAAACUCUCAUUGCAAACCAGCACAUCCGCAAAGUCGAGUUUAUUGGCAGUGCUACUGUUGGUCGCAUCAUCGCUGCCACGGCUGCAAAGUAUCUCAAACCGACCAUCAUGGAGUUGGGUGGCAAGUGUCCUGCCAUUGUCCUCGAUGAUGCAAACCUAGCAAGAGCGGCUCGGCUAUGCGCUCAAGGCGCCGUCAAAAAUCAUGGUCAAAUCUGCUUUAGCACCGAACGCAUCAUUGUGUUGCGCAGUGUGGCAGAUGAAUUCAUCCAGCUCCUUGUCAAAGAAAUCCAGAGCCUUCCAGCCGAGUCCGCGGUCUCAGAUUCCAUUGCACAGAACGCUGCAGCCAUUCUCAAAGAUGCCAAAGAGCAGGGAGUAAAGUUUUUGUGUGGAGAUGGGUUGGUGCAGGAGAAUUGCUCCAUCAACAAUACUCUAGUCCUUGUCGACGCAAACACAUCUCCAGAUCAUCUCCGCAUCGUUGACGAAGAGACUUUUGGACCAAGUGCUAGUGUCUACAUCGUCAACGACGAUGCUGCAGCCAUCGAGCUAGCAAAUCGCAGUGCAUAUGGUCUAAACGCCGCCAUACAUACUCAGAAUCUCGAGCGAGCAAUCAAGAUGGGCAGACGGCUUGAAUAUGGUCAAGUGCAUACUAAUUCGUCUACUGUGUAUAUCAGUCGUGGUGUCAAGGGAAGUGGAUGGGGUACGCAGAAUGCUUCUUGGGGUCUGGGUUUGUAUUACAACACUAAACAGAUUAGUUGGCAUGGUGAUGAUAGUGGGAAC